AUGGCACCACGAGAGCCUCCCGAAGUCAUUGUAAUUGAUGAUGACUCAGAUGAUGGACCCAUCUAUCCCGACCAUGAGGAGCUACAGUUUUCCAAUCGUGACACCCCGGAGGCUGCUCAUAAUCGCUGCAAGGAUGGUGUUAAAGCUGUCUUCCCCGACAUCUGUUUGGAUUACUUAGAGAUAAUCACCUUGGAGCAAAAUGAUAACUUGGAUGCUGCUAUCGACGCGAUACUUAAUCUUCAGGAAAAUGGUGAAAAAUAUCCAGUCAGAUCUCGUGAGAACCCCCUAAAACGCAAAAGAGCAGACAGAGACAACGACGAGGACAACGACGAGGACGGAAAAGGGGACAAAAAAUUGGGCAAGGAGGUUGCGAAAAAGAUCCGAGCCAAGAUCGCGGGAACCGACUACUCACAGAACAUUUCGUCACCGGACUACAGAAAAACAGCCCGCAAUUGGAUUGCUGCAGAGGCUAACCUGAUAGCACAUUUUCCCAAAAUUCCGUUAAACAUAAUCGACAAAUACCUUAAAUCAAACAAAAACUCCGUAUUUGAGACGUACACAGCUAUAGAUGAAGCCGCCCGCAACUGGGACCCAGCAAACCCCCCCUGGCAAGAGAAGAAGAAAGUAUCAAAGGCGCCAAACGUCAAUAUUGAGGCUCUUAGUCUCGCCGAAUUUAGUCCCGCGGAGCAAGCAGCAAUCGAUGAGCUACGCGCCGCUAGGGAGGUGAAAUUGAUUAAAGACUUUGCUAAGUCUGAAGAAGAGGUUAAUCUUGCGAAUGCAAAGGCGACGGGCGAAAUUACAGAAUGUGGUUGCUGCUUUGAAGAAUUCCCUCUUAACCGAAUGAUCUCGUGCGAUGGCGAGACGGUCCACUGGUUCUGUCGAAUUUGCAUGAAAAGUCAAGCGGAACACAACAUAGGUCUCGCGAAACACGAACUUACUUGCAUGUCCAUGGACGGUUGUUCAGCUGGAUUUGCUCCGAGCAAAAGGAGCCAGUACCUUGACAAGAAAUCACUUAUCGCAUUAGAGCGAAUCGAGCAGGAGGCUGCAUUACGAACAGCCGGUAUCGAGAAUCUUGAGACAUGUCCAUUCUGUCCGUACGCGGCCGAGUACCCUCCCAUUGCUGUCAAUAAAGAAUUUCACUGUGUCAACCCGGGCUGCGAAAUAGUUAGCUGCCGUAUGUGUCGAAAAGAGACUCACAUACCAAAGACUUGCGCCGAGGCUGCUGUUGAUAGCGGCGUUGACGCUCGACAUAUUCUGGAAGAAGCGAUGAGCGAAGCCUUGAUUCGGAAAUGCAAUUCAUGCAAGAACCCAUUCUUAAAAACGGAUGGAUGCAACAAGAUCAAAUGCACGCGGUGCGGCGCGUUACAAUGCUAUGUCUGUCGUCAGACUAUAAUUAAUUAUACUCACUUCAAGGACAGAGGUGGUGACGGCAAAUGUCCGUUAUACGAGAGCACAGAACAGCGCCACCAAACAGAAGUAGAGCGCGCCGAAGAAGAAGCCCGACAGAGGGUCGCUCGGGACAAUCCCGACAUCACCGCCGAUGCCUUGAAAUUCAAAGUGUCAGAUCAAGUUCAACAGGAUGAGCAGAAACGUAUAACUGCUGAGGCUGCUCGUAAUCCUAACGUGGCAGCAUAUGCAGCUCGUUUCCCUAUGCAUUAUCUGCCUGGCGAUCUGCCUCCAGCUCUUCGUAUGCCCCCGGACGCACCAAAUCCGAGGCCGAGGCCCUAUCGCGCACACCUGCAACCACCACCGCUACCGCAUGCACCUCCACCUCCUCCCAUGAUGCCAGAGCAACAAAUAGAUCCGGAUAAUGUGUGGGCUAGAUUGUUUCCACCGGUACCUCAAAGACAUGAUCCACCUGCCGCCGCGGCUGUUGCCCAGCCUAAUUUUCGACGCGACGAAGCGACGGCUCGCACCAUCCUCCUAGCGGAGCGUCUUCGCGGAAAUCAUAUGCACCCGGCCUGGCCUCGUUUCCCUGAGUAGAACAGGCCAUUGAUAUCAAUAAUCUGUUCAUUAUGCCUUCAUUGGCUUCUAUAUUUAAUGCACUCCAGAUCAACGAUAUUCUCUAGCCGGAAAAUGGCCAUGUAUUCUUCCCCAAGCAAUAGGGUCCCCGCCCUUUAUUUUCUAUACCCCUUUCCGUUAUUGAGGUAUUGUUGGAAUAGGUCGAGCAAAACCGGGUAGUAGCAAAUGUGUUCCACAAUCUCGGAAUUUAGGGAAAUGUUCUCAGGAGUUUCAGGCACUCAUCGUUGACACGAGGAAGAACGGUAGAUAUACCAGGGCAAUAAGGAGUUUUUUAUGGUUUUUACCGAUUUGGUCGUUUGUGCGAGGGAUUGUGAUUUCUGCCACUGUCGGGAAAUAUGUGGCAAUCAUGAUAUACCCUAUGUUGUCUUUGUUCUUUGCUUGACAUUGACACACAUACGCACUAAUUUCGUUGGAAUUUGGCCGGUUUCUGCUGCUACGGAGGGAAGUAGGUUGAAUCAUGUGGCUAGUACAUAGGUCGAUACUCAUUGUCUGUACCUAUUGAGCAAAGAAUAUAGCAAUGCCACCCUAUCUGAAUAUUUUAAGUUAAUUUCGUAAAAGUCUAGAUACCUUUGAUAUUGUAGGUAGUAAGCA